GCGCAUGCGUUAUUUUAUAGCCUUGCCGCUGCUCUUCAGGCACUAACUUUCCCCCGCUCCCCUCAUUUUCUCCGCGCGAGGGGGUGCGUGUACCCCUAGUCGUGGUUUCGCGCUCAGCCCACUGUGCUACUCUCGUGGCCCUUUUACCAUGGCCGGCAUUCUGUUUGAAGAUAUUUUUGAUGUGAAAGACAUUGACCCGGAGGGCAAGAAGUUUGAUCGAGUGUCUCGACUGCAUUGUGAGAGUGAAUCUUUCAAGAUGGACCUCAUCUUAGAUGUGAACAUUCAAAUUUACCCUGUAGAUUUGGGUGACAAGUUCCGGUUGGUCAUAGCCAGUACCUUGUAUGAAGAUGGUACCCUGGAUGAUGGUGAAUACAACCCCACAGAUGAUAGACCUUCCAGGGCUGACCAAUUUGAGUAUGUAAUGUAUGGGAAGGUGUACAGGAUUGAGGGAGACGAAACUUCUACUGAAGCAGCAACACGCCUCUCUGCCUAUGUGUCCUAUGGAGGCCUGCUCAUGAGGCUGCAGGGUGAUGCCAAUAACCUGCAUGGAUUUGAAGUGGAUUCCAGAGUUUAUCUGCUGAUGAAGAAACUGGCCUUCUGAACCACCUGAAGCCAACCUUGCUGCUUAAUCAUCAAGUCAUGGACAUUUGUUCAAGCCUGAGCAGGAGUUGCUGUUGUUCACCUGUUCAGGAGGGGCUGGCUCUCUAUCCACUGUGGGUGCACCUUUAUGUGGUCUGGACUGAAUGGGAAACUGACUUGCCUGUGAAAGACUCAGCGGGAGAGUUUAAAAUGAACCAGAAGUUGUUUUUAUGUGAUUUUUAAAAAUUAAACUUUACUUUUUCAGACUUUUCUUCCCCUUAAUAGAUUUUUCCCCCUGUUUACUUUAAAAUCAUUUUUUUCAAUUUGCCUAUGGUAUAUUAUGUCUCUGGUCCACAGAUGGAUUAUCACAGGUCAGUGUAGGAUCUGUCUGUCCCAGCGUUUUGGUAUCUGGGUUCAGGGUUUCUCAGUCUCCUGGCUGACUAUACCCAACAUUUAUCCUCCAGUGUGAUUUUCUAUGAGAGAGAAUGAGUGAUACUUUUGGCUCCUGGGGGCACCCCAGGCCUA